AUGGACGACGACGAUCUACCGAACGUGGUGACGUCCAUCAGCCGCCACGAGCUGAUGGCCGUGGCGCAGAGGGACCUGCUGCACUGGCUCAACCAGACGGUUCAGACCGACUACGGCCAGAUCACCGACGUCAACGACGGCAUCGCGCACCUGCAGAUACUCGACGCGAUAUGGCCGGGCGCGAGCGUGCCCCUGCACAGGCUCAACUUCCACCCGAGGACCAGAGACGACCGCGAGCGUAACCUCAGGGUAGUGCGACAGACCUUACAGCGGCUCCGUGUGGUCGAGGACGCGCCCUUGGACGUCGAGGCCAUCGCCAAGGGAGGCGCAUCGAGCUUCUCGGCGUGCAACGACUUUUUGCGAUGGUGCCACGCGGUGGUGCAGCGUAACUGCCCGGCGGUAUCCCGUAAAUACGACGGGCACGGCCGCAGGCGCGAGGCGCAGACGCGCCAGUCGCGGUCCAGCCCCUCGUCCGCGAACAGACGCAAGGGAACGCCGUACGCGGGCGACAGAUGGGGACAGACGUCCUCGUUCAGCCCGACGUCGUUCAGCCCGAAGGGCGCUUCCUACCUGGACCUCUACGACGAACCCUCGGCAACGUCGCCGUCGCCGACUAUGGCCAGGCGCGAGGCCAUGUACGAGUACGUCAACGAGCGCGAGGGCUUCGUGAGGAGGCGUCCACGGCCGCGGUCCGCGGGGGUGCGAUCGUCGGCGCCGGAGUUCCGAUCGAACGUUCACGCAGCUGCGACGCGCCAGCUGUGCGCCAAUCGUCCAGGAUCCGGAGGAACGCUCGACGGAUCGUCACAGUUGGCGGGGUACGCGCCCAGUACCGACACCGAAGGAGGCGCGACGGAGACGGAGCGGGAGUUUGGGUGGGAGUCACGGGCGACGGCGUUGAGGGCGAGGCCGGCGACGGCCAGGGUCGCGCGUCGUUCGACCGGGCUGCACAGGUGGGCCGCCAAGGCGAGAGCCGGGGCGGGGUCGAUGAAAAACGGCGAUGACGGCCGACGAGUCGCCGACUCGAUCGUCGAGAGAGAGCCGAACGAGACGACCGCGGCGACGGCGCCGCGCGAGACGACGGACGACGAGGAAGCGCGUGCCGAGGAGGUGAAGGAUCGCGUCAGCGGCGUCCCGACGACGCCCAGACGCGUCCAGAGCACCAGAUUGAGCGCUUGGGCGAAUAAGUCGCGCGGCGAAGUGCUGACGCCGGUGAAGAGCGACGACACAGACGACACAGACGACACAGACGACGACGACGACGACGACGACACGGACCACGAGGACCUCGAGGGCGACGGGGACGAGGGUUCCGGCGCCGCGCCCGCGCCGGUCAGGUGGUCGCCGUCGCAGAACCUCGCGGACGCCCGACGCGAGCUCCGACUCCGACGAAGCGAGGAGAUCGAACGCGGCGCGCGGAGGAUACUCAUCGCCGGGGCGGCGGGGGCUAGGGGUGACGAAACAGACGGAGACGCGGCGGACGAAAACGAAAACGAAAACCGUUUCGAAAACCGUUUCGGCGUUCAAUACGUCGACGACGCCGAAGCCGCGGAGAGACGCGACCGGAUCAUGCGCGAGACCAAGGCGGAGCUCCGCGAGAUCAGGCGCCGCGAGACGGAGAGGCGGUUGGAGCGUGAGGGCGUUAAGGGCGCGGAGGCGGAGAGGGAACGCGUACGGGAGCUUCGAAGGGAGCAGCUCCGUCGAUCGCACGGGCUCAAAGAGGCGCGCUCGGGAGUGGUGACGCCCGCGGCUCCCGUCGGUACCGCCAACCUCACCGUCGUCGUCGAGGAGGAGGAGACGACGACGACGACGACGACACAGCUGGCGACGACGCGUUCGCAGGAAGAAACCGCGGCGGCCACUCGUCGGAAGCGCGCGGACCUCGAGAGCCUGGCGGAGUACCUGAAGUGGGAGCUGGCGCGCGAGGUGCGAGCGUACGACGCGAAGCGGGAGGAGGUGGCGAGUUUGACGAGGGAACGCGACGAAGCCGUGCACAGGCUCGGGCUCGCGGAGGCGCGGCGGCGGAUGGGGAACCUCGCGCGCAGCUGA